AUGACGAAGCCUAAACACGACGCUACCUUCUCAAGCAUCAACAAAAUCGAUGACUGGGGAUCUUUGGAGGCAGAGGGAAAAAUAUUCAUAAUGAUGAAGCCUCAACACGACGCUACCUUCUCACGCAUGAACAAAAUCGAUGACUGGGGAUCUUUGGAGGCCGAGGGAAAAAUAUUCAUAAUGAUGAAGCCUCAACACGACGCUACCUUCUCAACGCAUGAACAAAAUCGAUGA